UCGACGUAGAGCUUGUCGCGCAUCUGAAGUGAUUCGAGUAGUUUUUUCAUUGCUUAAGUAAUGUUAAUAAAGUUAAUUACUUUGUUGCAAUGGCUCCAAUAGUUUUGUAUUAUUGUGCGAUAAGCGGACCUUGCCGUGUAGCAUUGAGUACCAUCAGACAUUUGGGCAUUGAUGUUGAGAUUCGUGUUGUUGACCUUUUGAAAAAAGAGCAUCUAAGUGACAACUACAUUAAAAUCAACCAUCAACACACUGUGCCUGUCCUUGACGAUGACGGUUUUAUUUUGACUGAAUCUCGAGCCAUUGCUGUUUAUUUGGUGGAGAAGUACUUCCCCAGUGGCCAUUCGGUUUAUCCGAAUGAUGCCAGAGAACGUGCGCUGAUCAACCAAUUUUUGCACUUUGAUUGUGGAACCCUUUAUCCACGGCUUCGUGGUGUCACUUUACCAGCUUUUUAUCAAGGACAGACUACGAUUUCAGAUGACGCUCGUCAGAAACUGUUUGAAGCCAUAGGUUUUUUGAAUACGUAUUUGGAAGGCAAAAAAUAUGUUUCAGGCAGUGCGGAACCGACAAUCGCUGAUUUUUCGCUCUUUUCAUCUGUGGCCAAUAUUGUUGAACUUGGUGCAAACCUGAGCAAAUAUGCAAAUGUAGUGAGUUGGUACGAUAAUUUGAAGAAACUGCCAUCGACUGCAGAGAAUAUCGAAGGUGCUAAAACAUUCGCAAAUAAAAUCAACAGUAUUUUGCAAGACAGAUUGUAAUCACUUAUUUUAUGCAUGUGCUUGUGCUACGUCGGAGAAAAAUAGAUUUCGGGAUUUUAAGAGACA